AUGGCGUUCAACCUUUACCACACGAAUGCCAACAACUUCCCGGCCAUUAACGGCUAUUACCAUUACAAUUUCGGUGUAUCACCUCCUAGUUUAUUUGCAGUUUUUCAGUAUUUUCAGAUUAUUCUCUCACUCUUUUCCACAUCAAUUUUUAGUGCAAACUCGAAACUUUUUAGAGAAUACAUUGGCGCCGAGUUCGAUAAUGUCAAAUUUUCCGACUUACCAAUCGAUCCCGGCACGGAAUUCCAUUUCAUUCUGGCCUUCGCUGUCGACUACACCCCGUCGGGAAGCGCUCCUAGAAAUGGAAAGUUCAACAUUUUCUGGGAUAGCGACAAUCUGAGCCCGAGAGCCGUGCAGGCCAUCAAAGCUCAACACGAGAACAUCAAAGUUGCUCUCAGCUUAGGCGGAGACAGCGUGAGCAGUGGCAACGUCCAGUUCAGACCAUCUUCUGUGUCGUCGUGGGUGAGCAAUGCAGUUUCUUCCCUUACUGACAUAAUUCAGCAAUAUCAUCUCGACGGGAUCGACAUCGACUAUGAACAUUUCGAUUAUUCCGAUCCCAACACAUUUGCUGAGUGCAUUGGGCAGCUGAUCACACUAUUAAAGCAGAACAAUGUCAUCUCCUUCGCCUCUAUCGCUCCCUACGACGACGGCCCAAUACAGUCCCAUUACACUGCACUCUGGAAAAGCUAUGGCGAUUCAAUUGACUAUGUGAAUUUCCAAUUCUAUGCCUACGACUCGAGCACCAGCGUCUCACAGUUCAUGAACUAUUUCAGUGCUCAGGAGUCACGGUAUAGCGGUGGAAAAGUGCUGGCUAGUUUCAUGACGGAGGGAAGUGGAGGAUUGUCACCUCUGAAUGGCUUCUUUGACGCGUGCAGAAAUCUUAGAGACUCCGGCAAACUCCACGGCAUCUUUGUGUGGUGUGCAGACAGCUCGCAGUCCAAUGACUUUCAAUAUGAAAAGCAAUCCCAGUCUGUCCUCUUGGGCUCCUGA